AAGUUGCGGUCAUUCUGCGGCAUUGUUCAUAGUGAGACAGAGUAUCACUGGGCGUGGGUUGAUUCGUGUUGCAUCGACCAGACGAACAAUGUCAAGCUCCAAACAUCACUUGACUCCAUGUUUGCCUGGUAUCACCAUUCAGCACUCACGGCCGUCUACCUGUCCGACAUUCUGCCUUCGUCCAAGUCUGGCGCGCUGGCAAAGAGUGCUUGGAACACCCGAGGAUGGACUGUCCCGGAAUUCCUGGCUCCUAAAGUCAUUCACUUCUACCAGCAGGAUUGGUCCCCAUAUCUUGAGGACCACUCCCCCAACCACAAAGAAUCUGUUGAGAUCAUGCAUGAAUUGGAGGGCGCAACAGGCAUAGAUGCACGCACCCUCGUUGCCUUCCAACCGGGAAUGAUAGAUGCCCGAGAGAAACUCCAAUGGGCGUCUGCACGUGUUACCACUAGGCCGGAAGAUAUUGCAUACUCAUUGUUUGGCAUUUUCGACGUCCGACUUCCUAUCCAUUAUGGCGAGAAUGUGCAGAAUGCGCUCGGGCAGCUCCUGCAGAAGAUUGUGGCUCAGUCCGGUGACAUCACCGCCCUCGACUGG